CUCACCUUUUUAAUUCGUUUCUGUUUUGUUUCUUUACUCACCGAAUACCAAUUCGGUCCUCAGCAAAUAGGUUUUUGCUGCCUUCUCUCUCUCUCUCUUUCUCUCAGACUUCUCGUGUUGUUUCAACUUUCGAGGCUCUGUUUCCUCUGUUUCACAAAUUACAAAGAAGAUGGUCGCCUUUGGGAAAAAGCUAAAGGAACGCAGCAUUCAAGGAUGGCAAGGAUAUUACAUCAACUACAAACUGAUGAAGAAGAAAGUGAAUCAAUACCGUCGCCAGUUACAAGGAGGAAACCUAGAGCGCCGCCAAGUUCUUAAAGAUUUCUCAAAGAUGCUUGAUAACCAGAUCGAGAAAGUAGCACUCUUCAUGUUGGAGCAACAAGGAAUACUUGCAAGUAGGCUACAGAGACUUAGAGAGUCACACGAUGCACUUCAAGAGGAGCCUGAGAUAUCUCAAGUAGUAAAUCUAAAGGAAGGUUACAGAGCUGUUGGACAAGAUCUUCUCAAGCUACUCUUCUUCGUUGAGAUGAAUGCUAUUGGUGUUCGUAAGAUACUCAAGAAGUUUGAUAAACGGUUUGGUUACAGAUUCACAAACUAUUAUGUCAAGACUCGUGCUAACCAUCCUUACUCUGAACUUCAGCAAGUCUAUAAACAUGUUGGUCUUGGAGCUGUUGUUGGAGCUCUAUCUCGCAACCUUCACGAGCUUCAAAACAAUCAAGGAAGCUACUUAUCUAUCUAUGACCAGCCUGUUCUCCCACUUCAGGAUCCUGUUGUUGACUCCAUUAGAGCAGCAGUGGAUAGGCUAACACAUUCAACGAACUUCUUGAACUUCAUGGCUCAGCACGCGUUUAUCAUGCAAGCAGAGUUGCCAAGUCCACAAGACGAGGAAGAAGCGGUUGAAGAAGAAGGCAGGCGAUAUCACUUCAUGUCUCUCUUGUUGAACCUUGUCAACACGUUUCUAUAUAUGGUUAAUACAUAUAUCAUUGUACCAACAGCAGAUGACUAUUCAAUGAGCCUUGGUGCAGCAGCUACGGUGUGUGGGGUUGUGAUUGGUGCUAUGGCUGUUGCUCAGCUCUUCGCUUCGGUUUACUUCAGCGCAUGGUCUAAUAAAUCUUACUUCAAACCGCUUAUAUUCAGUAGCAUUGUCCUCUUCGUUGGUAACUUGUUGUAUGCAUUGGCUUUUGACUUUAACUCAAUAGCUGUUCUAUUGAUCGGCAGACUUUUCUGUGGGUUGGGGUCAGCAAGAGCAGUGAACAGGAGGUAUAUAAGUGACUGUGUACCGUUAAAGAUAAGAAUGCAGGCUUCAGCUGGUUUUGUAAGUGCAAGUGCUCUAGGAAUGGCGUGUGGUCCUGCGCUUGCUGGUCUAUUGCAGAUCAGAUUCAAGAUCUAUAAGCUUACUUUUGACCAAAAUACAUUGCCUGGUUGGGUUAUGGCCAUUGCUUGGCUUUUGUACUUAGUCUGGUUAGCUAUUUCGUUCCGAGAGCCAGCACUUGAGCCUGAGGAGAGUCAUAAUACUUCAAAGGAUUCUAAUAACUCUGAAGCUGUUCAAGAUGGGAGUCUGGAGUCAGGCAUUAAACAGCCAUUUCUGAUUACAUCAGAAGAGAUAGAAGAACAGGUUGAGGAUGAAGAUGAAGAUGAAGAUGGAAGUGAAGAAGUUUCUGAGGAAUCUCGUGCACCUGUGAACUCCAUUGGAGCUGCUUAUAGGCUGCUUACACCUUCAGUAAAGGUUCAACUAUUGAUAUACUUUAUGCUUAAGUAUGCAAUGGAGAUUCUUCUCUCUGAAUCUAGUGUUGUCACCACUUACUACUUCGGUUGGUCCACUAGCUCGGUUGCUAUCUUCUUGGCUUGUCUUGGUCUCACGGUUCUACCUGUAAACAUUGUCAUUGGAAGCUAUAUCAGCAACAUGUUCGAAGACCGGCAAAUUCUGUUGGUGUCUGAGAUUAUGGUUUGUGUCGGAAUACUAUUCAGCUUCAAUGUCCUAGUUCCAUACACUGUGCCACAGUACGUUUGCUCCGGACUCAUCAUGUUUGUCUCUGCAGAAGUUCUUGAAGGUGUUAACUUGUCAUUGCUCUCGAGGGUUAUGUCGUCGAGGCUAUCGAGAGGGACUUAUAACGGUGGUUUGCUUUCAACGGAGGCAGGCACGAUCGCUCGUGUGAUUGCUGACGUGACUAUUACCGUGGCCGGUUACUUUGGACGGGAUAUGCUUUUGAAUGUCACUUUGCUUCCGUCUUUGGUCACUUGUGUUGUGUCCAUCGUAGCUACUUGUUUUACUUAUAACUCUUUGUACUAGUAUUCUCUUUUUACAAAUUUGUCUGUAUGCAUUUUAGCUAUCAUAUUCAGGCAAUGAAGCAUGACACAGAGCCAAAAGGUUAUGAAAUAAAUAUACCUUUGACUUGAAC